GAUCCUCAUGGAAAGUGAGCAAGUAUCCAUCAUUGAAGCGGGGAUAAUUUGAUCUCCCUCGCUCUUCUCCGAGUUCAAACGCCAGGCCUAGGUGUCAAACUUGUUUUUGAGUUCAGUCUCUUGGGCAGUGUUUGAUUUCAGUGCUCGUGGAUACUUCACCAUUUGCUUCUCUUCGAGCGGCAGAUUCUUCAAAAUUGUGACAAACUCAUAAUCCCGUUUGAACUGACGAAAUAAAAGACUGAAAGGGAUUUUGCAUGUGUGGCAACUUGUUGCAAAUUGAUAAGAUGAUUUGCCCUUCCCAAAUUGUGUACACACUUCAGGGCAGGUUGAGAGCUCCUCAUUGGCAUGAAUAGGGACAAAUGAGGGCGCUCCGCCCUCACUCCCGACCACCGAGAUCUUCUCCAUUCUCCACAUCCAAAUCCACAACAUUCACCACCACGAACUCCUCCUCUGCCUUAGCUACUACCAGGACCGGAGUACUUUGUACUGCAGUAUAUGAAGCAGUAUCCACGAUCCAGAGGCACGACAACGAGGAUGAGAAGGAGUGCAAGCUGAUGAUCAAGUUAGAAACUGGCCCGCAACUCAAACAACUUGUCGUUCGUUCGUUGUGAUUUUCCCUUUUUCCAUCUGCUUCACUGAAUGAAAAUAUAACCUCUUUUUUUUUGGACGGGCGUUUCUGCGCGUUUUCUGUAUACGAAUGAGGUGUGUGUGAGUGGUGUGCAGGGACAACAUUUCAAAAACUGUUGUCGUCAUCAGUUUUGAAGUGGCUUCAAAAUUUGGCCACCAAAUGUGCAACACCGCCGACUUUGGGCUCGUCUGGUGAUUUUACGUCCCUGAAAGCAUGAUUGGCAUGACUAGGAGACAAGCCUCAACAUCGAUAUCCCUGAUAACUCCUCCCAACAUUGACUCGUCGCCAACGAAUGCCACCAGGAAUACUUUGAGCAAACAAGGAUUAUUGGAAGUGGGGUCGUUUUUGUGCCAAGAGCGCCAAUCCAAAGAGAUUCUUCGACCUCAAGAAACCUCAUCAGAUCAUCACCAUCGUCACCGUAAUCAUCAUUAUUAUGCUGACAAGACCCAGUUGGCCUCUCACCGGGGCCAUAAUCGGCUUAGAAAGCCGUCACUGGAUCUUGGGCCCAAGAACCAAGGGCUACUAAGGCCAGGACCAGGAAUAAUCAAAGAAGAGCCUCCCUCUUCCUGUUUCGUGUUGCCUACCCUGCUUGCCAGUUCAGAGGCUACGACGAGGACGACGACGACAACAAAGAGGACGGCAUUGUCGACGACGGCCUCCAACCACGUCGAAGAAGGCCUUUCUCAAGCACGACAUAAAAUCAAUACACUUGACGAAGAACAUGAACUGAGCACGGGUAUUGGAGGGGAAAACGACGACGUUGGAAUUAUGGUUUUGAAUCAAGAAAUGGACCCGCCAGAAAUGGAGGGGGAGCCCAAGCGGGGUUCUGGAGGGAGCAAAGUGGACAACUUGAGCGUGGAACUCCAACAGAAAUUGUGUCAGAGCAAUGUAGGUGAUAGGCUCACAAGUGAUACGGACCAUGGAUCCGAUGACUUUCGUCAGGCUCUAUGUCCCGUGCUGAAAGGGGCGAGUCGACGAAAAAGGGCCCGCCCCACCAAGACAUUGACGGUGAGCGAACACACGGAUCACGGCCCGCUGAUCCACAACCUCAGACUACCUCCUUCGAUCCAAAUCGAGCCCAUUCCAAUCACUAGCCCUUUACAAGACUCUCAGAAGGUCAUCCUAAGUGUUCCUCAGUACAGCCCUCUGUGUUCCAAUGAUCCACAGUCCGAGACUCAAAGCAACUCCCCGGAGCCGGAAGUGGAGGACAAGAAAUCGCGAUCCCCCAAGCGGAAGAAGGCUAAAGGCAUUGAGCUAGUUUUUGAUCACAGCAUUUGGAAUGCCACCGUCCAUGACCCGUCCCAAGACUCAUCGCCCAUCAUGGUCAAAGAUCUGGUCUACAAAGAAGAGGCCCCUGAGAGUUUUCCCUCCUCCGUCCGCAGGAAGAACCACGUGUGUGACUUCCCGGGUUGUGACAAGAUCUACACGAAAAGCUCCCAUCUGAAGGCUCAUAAACGGACGCACACGGGAGAAAAGCCCUAUGAGUGCUCCUGGGAUGGCUGUGGGUGGAAGUUCGCUCGCUCAGACGAACUCACCCGACAUUAUCGGAAGCACACCGGAGCCAAACCUUUCAAAUGUAACAACUGUGACCGAACCUUCUCAAGAAGUGAUCAUUUAUCAUUGCAUAUGAAGCGUCACGCAACGUCCACGUCCUAGUUCAAGACUGAUUGGUCGACUCGUUGACCUUACUUCCUUCGGACUUCAAUGGCUUUUGUACUUUUUUCCACGACUACUUAAGGAUUGCCAUUGGUGGGUGUGUUUGUUGAAGUCAUGGAUAUGCUCCUCUUCGCCAGCACAAUGUCUUUUGCCCAUCAUUUUUCCCUAUACAUUUAGGGGGGUUGGGCAUUGGCGGCAAAUGUUUAGUGAUCCUAGAAAUGGAGAGGUUGUUAAAGUUUGAUAUAUAACGCAAGUUCUUGAAACUAAUUGUUCAGAUUAUUAUCUCUGUCAGUCACCAAUCAGGCCACUGAAAAUAAAUGGCAAUGGCGAAAAGCCUUA